UGCUGGGCUGAAGAGUGGGGGCAGAGAGAGGUGGAGAUGGAUAAAGUCAUAUAAGAAGCAACUGGGCUUUUGGUGCAAUCUCAGUCAGUUGCGUACAAAGUGUCUGUGCAUGUUGGUUGGUGAGGGAACAAUUAGAAAGAAAGAAAAAUGUUCACAACAAAGUACGAUAGUUCGCGAAAAGUGUGGAGUGGACGGCAUUUGGCGCCAUUUCAUCAUGCAGGUGUCUCACUGGGACGCGCCAUUUGCUACACUCUCACCUAUGAUCGUCGCAAAGUGGCCCAGAUCAGUCACGACACGGGGACUCGCACGACAAAUGGGGAGCUGUGCGAUCAAAUGCUCACGAUCGCCAGCAAUUUGAUCACAAAGGGCGCCAGUAGGGACAAAGUGAUCGCGAUCGUGGCGAAAAAUGGACCCCUCAUUGCUCCAACGGUUUUUGCCGCCUUCUACCUCGCUAUCCCCGUGAACACGCUCGAUCCGAACUACGAAAAAGCAGAGAUCACCCACAUGUUCCGCCAAACCGAACCAGGGAUUGUCUUCUGCGAUCACGACAACUACACAACGGUCAAAAGUGCCGUGAAUGAGAUCAGCAGCAAAGCUAAGAUCAUCAAUUUCGGCCCGAGGAUCUCUGGAGUUGAGAACAUUGAGGAUUAUCUCGUGAAGACUGGCUUUGAGAAUUCAUUGGAUUCCCCAGAUGUUGAUGAGAAGACAUGCGGACUUAUUCUUUGUUCUUCAGGCACAACUGGUCUAUCAAAGGGUGUCAACCUUACCCACCAACACAUGCUGUACUUGUCUGGGAUUCCGUGUUUUGUGGAACAUCCGGAAAAUGGGCUAAUGCUGUGCUUCAGCUCCCUCUACUGGCUAUCGGGCAUCAUGCACUUGCUGCUAACAACAUUCUGCGGCAUGACGCGCAUCAUUACAACGCAAACCUUCAGCCCUGAGCUCUUCCUGAAUAUGGUUGCGCAGUACAAAGUGACCCACAUGAUUUCGGCUCCGGUUCACUUGUCCAGUGUCCUGGAAUGCACCUCCCUCACACCCACCUCCCUGGUUAGUUUACGUGAGUACAUGGUCGGCGGAAGUGUCGUGCCGGAAGAGAAGUGGAUGAGGGCGCAGGAUUACCUGCCAAAUGGCUUCGUUCGCAUUGUCUACGGCAUGAGUGAGGUGGGAUUCACAACGCGACAGGACUACAGGACACAGAAGUACUGCGUUGGGAAGCUCGCGCCGGAUUUGCAGCUGAAGAUUGUCAAUUCGAACAAUCAGAAUCUUGGGCCAGGAGAAUCAGGGGAACUUUGCUUCAAACCACGCUACAGAUUCUUAGGUUACAUUGCAAACGCUAAGGCCACAGAUGAGAUGAUCGACGACGAAGGGUUUGUACAUUCAGGCGAUAUUGGCUACAUGGACAACGAUGGUGAUCUCCAUAUUGGGGAUCGUCUCAAGGAUAUCCUGAAGUACUGCAACCACCAUGUUUCACCUUCUGAGAUCGAGAAUGUUAUUUGUCGCAUUGAGGAGGUGGAAUAUGCGGCUGUUGUGGGGAUUCCCGAUCCCGUCGUUACGGACCUUCCGGCCGCCUUAGUUGUCCUCAGGGAGGGUGCCAAUGUCACCGCGAACGACAUAACCCAACUUGUUGCUGCAACACUUUCGGAUGCAAAGCAACUCCGUGGUGGUGUCUACUUUGUGGAGAAACUUCCACUAACGGCAUCCGGGAAAGUGAUCAAGCGUAAGGUGAGGGAGAAGGCGAUAGAGCUCUACCGUGCACGGCAUCAGUGAUCAGCUUUACGCUUCACGCCGCGAGAACUCUCAUUGCCACCUGCGUCACUUUUCUUGUCACCUCCCUCCCACAAGCUGUGCCGUACAAAACGCUUCGCCGCCGGUACAUUUACGCGUGGCAUCAGUGUCUUCUUGUCGUGAAUUUGCUUCUGGCGGACCAUUGCCUCGCGUACUCGGGCUAGUUCGUGCUUCACCGUGUGCUGUCAUAUGAAAUGUCAAUUUUAGCUUAUGUGUCAUGUUGAAAUGUCAAAAGAUAAAGAUUUAUUGCAUGUUUUAAUGUAAAAGUCUAAUAAAUAUUAUUGUUUAGUUAUUGGAAA